AUGAGUAUCUCGAAAAGGAGCAUCUCGGAAAGGAGUAUCUCAGACAUGAGCGUCCUGUCGUUGCCCAGUUCGACUCAAUCAGAACCGGUGAUGCGUCGGAAGUCGUCUCUCGCAGUUCAUAACAUGUCCAAGGAUGACUCCUGGCUCAUUGAUAACGAAAUGGGCGAAGGUGGCCGCUCGAUUUCCCCGGUGUUGCUGUCGGGUCAGCAGCCUCCAGCAUGGUCGGGGACGCGAUGGCGCCGCUUCUUCCCGGAGCUCACAUUCCAGCCGCAUGUCGGCGUGAAGUCCCUCGCUCACGUCACGACGCAGGUCAGCUCGCAGGACAUCGACCACAGUUAUCACGAACCCAUCAAUUCGGCCGGCCUGACCUGUUCUUCCGUCCUCUCGGACGAUGUCCCCGACAGCGCGUCGUCGUGCUACAGUCGCCGCUCGUCGGUCACCAGUGUGGAAUCAGAGCCGACUCUGUCGCCGAGCAAGCCGCUGCCAAAUUCGUAUACGGUCUUUUCACCCACCAUGGCCGGCGUCUUCGAUGACCCGCCCAACAGCCGUCGCCGCUCGACGAGACGACGCUCCGACUCCUCGACCUCCGACCCAGUGGCCGUGCGACGGGCCAUCUCGCGUUCCCACGCCAGAUUCAAUUCGCCGGAGACAGCCGCAAAGCCGCUCCCUCCCCUCCCCGAAUCAUCCGAAAUGCCUCCCUUGGCUAUCCGAUCCAAACCACGACACCCUUCCUCUUGGCCCACCUCCAGUGGCCACGGUGGGCCCCUCGCCGCCGCCCGAACGCAGUCGGAAGGAGAUAUCCCAACGGGUCACCGGCCCACAUUCUCCCAGGCGGCCCGCGAACUGGAAGACACGCUGGCGGUGCUGACCGACCACGAACCGGAUCGAAACCCCUACCCCCAGAAGUUUGUGUACGUCCUGGACGGACCCUUGCAAAUUAGUCGGUGCACCACAGACUUCACGCCGAGCCGGCCGGCCCCAAAGCCUCCCGUCGACCAGGCCCAGAUCCAAGUCAAGGUCACGCGCAAAUCCAGCUCGGCGGAAACUUUUUCGCCGGUCAAGAAACGCAGCCCAACCUCGCCUUCUUUCAGCCUCGCCGUGCGACGACUCAGCAAAAAGUACUAUCGUUCGCAUGUGCGCUCGGCCAGCACUCCGGGGCCUCAGACCCAAUCCAUCCAGGAAGAGGAUGAUCUGGCGACAGCGGAGUCGACGAACAAAGAGGCGGGCGGCGAGACGACAAAGGAAGCGGACAAAGAACCGAUCCACGAGACCGCCACGAUGUCCGGAUCCGUCACCCCAACAGCCCCGUGGAGUCCGGACUCCCUGUCGCAUGCGCGAGAAUUACGUCUCAAGCUCCCCCGCCUGGACACUCAGGCCCUCCCCGCAAAUGGACGAACGGGGGGGAAGUCUGACCAGCCCGUGCCGGAACCACAGGAGGAGAUCAACCAACAUCCCCAACCGUCAGAGCCCGAUCACGGAGAACGCCCUGCCGGGACGGACAGGCCCAUCGAGUCGGUGCAGUCAAUGUGUUCGGAAGAAAAGAUCUUCGUCGCAUCCAGCAAACAGGUGCCCGGGGAGUCUGGGAGCGGGAGUGGCCGUGUGGAGAUGGACUACGCUAUGGGCCUCGAAAUGGUGUAUGAGCUGGAUGCCGGCGGUCCUACCCACUCCGCCCUUAAGGGUUCAACAUUCUCUCCGGCGGUCGGUGCAUCCCGCCGGAAGCUCACGAUGCCCGCCGGCAUCCCUGACAAGGUGGCGCUUCAGUUUCUCGAGAACGUGCGCUCUCUUGAUGACCUCUUCCACCUCGCGCUCGUAUCCAAGCAAUUCUACCGGGUGUUCAAGCAACGCGAGCUAGACCUGGUCAAAAAUGCCCUAUACACCAUGUCCCCGGCCGCGUGGGAGCUCCGCGAGAUGAGUCCUCCUUGGGCUAGUGAGUGGCACAUCCUGGUCGACCCCGAUGCGCCCGUGCCCGAUUAUACGCCGUCCCUCUACCUGCAACGGUACGGACAGGAUAUCUUUACCCUGGCCCAGCUCAAGUCCCUUCUUCUCGCACGGUGUGGCGGUUUCCUCCGGCCCGAGACGGUCCAGGGGCUGACGGGGGCGAGCGAUGCGCGCGCCGCGGCCGUUGACGACGCCUUUUGGAGGAUCUGGACUUUCUGCCGUCUUUUCGGCUGUGGAAAGAACCGGGAGGCUGACACGGACGGUCAGCUGGAUUGGCUCCGUGGCGGGCUGCAGGCGCGCACCCGGCACCAAUUCAUGGCGUGCUCCGUGACCGAGCCGUUCGGCAUGGACAGCGUGCUCUUCGAGCCCCCGGACGGAUUCGGUCAAGGAAAUCCGGGUGGCCUGUCGCCCGAGCAGCAGUAUGAUAUGACCGAGAUUUGGACCUGUCUGGGCGUGCUCCUGCAACCGAUCCAUGGAAGAUGCAAGGAAGCCCGUGAUGCCGGGGUUUUUGUAGGGCACGGAUUGCCGGACAACGAUCCGGCCAAGGAGGAAGCUCUGUUGGAGGAGUGGACUUACUACAUCCUCACGCUGGGUCCCACGGCGGUCUUGAACCUGGGGUCCAUCAGUCCCGUCGACAAUCCCGUGGAUACUUUUCAACAAGCGCAAGCGAUGGGGCUGACCCGGUGGGAACAACCGGAAUCUGGCAUCAGCCGCUCCAUGUUCCUCAAAGACGCCGUGCGGAAAGCCUACAUACCGGAUACCACUCACCCCACUCGACAGUCUCUGGCCGUGUCAAGCUCAUCUAGCUCCAGCUCGUCCAGUCGGCCGAAUUCUCGCGACAGCCGUUCCCUAAAUGGCACCGAACCUGCCAUCAACAUGACUCCUCUGCCCAGUCACCGUCGGAGACAGAAGAUCUACGCGAAUCAGCUCCGUGACCGACGCAAUCGGCCACAGACCUCGCGCGAUAUCUCCUUCGGUGACGAGCGCCCUAUAUCCAGCUACUCGUUUAUCAUGACUCGCCUCGAGGGUCUUCCCUACGACAAGCCGCCCCCGGUCCCAUCCGCUUCCACCGCGUCGUACGUUGCCCACAACAUCGCACCCCCCAUGGCAUCCUCGCCCCCGCCGCCAAGCCUCUCCUCUUCCUCGUCUGCUGAGUAUCUUCCAAACCACGCUCCCCUGGCGACUCAGCCGCCGCCCCACCCAGCAGUAGCCGGCCCCUCGUACUCGUGGCAACCACAAGUCCGCGACCCCGUCGACCAAGCCAUCGAAGUGAUGGUCCGGGACUAUGGCUUCCAGGAGCAAGACGCCAAGUGGGCGCUGAAAGUCACGGACGGUGGCGAUGGCAUCAACGCCAACGCUGCCAUCGCGCUGCUCAUGAAGGAGCAGAAGAACACGACCCGCGGCAUCGGCCUCUCCAUGCAUUUCAAGAAGAGCAGUACCCGCUCAAAGAAAAGCAAGCUAGCUUCCUCGGUCAUCUCCAGCCAGGAAGCGGCCAACGCAGGCUGGAGAUGGGCUUGA